UCACUAGGGGUGCUCAAAGAUCGCUGCUUUAGCAUUAACACCGCCAUGAUUGCUGUGCUUGCAGUGGGUGUGUAAAGAUUGCCGUUCAUUGGAGACGUUCGAAAUUAAUCAUGGGGCUGCGACCGCUGGAAUUCGCGGAAUGUUUAACAGAUAGUCCGUAUUUUCGAGAGAAUUUACACGAGCAUGAAAAAGAAUUGGAAAGAACAAGCAAAUCUAUCAAAAGCUUGAUAGCUUGCGGAAAGGAACUCAUUAACGCUGCGAGAAAUCUGUCGAAAGCCCAGAAAGCUUUUUCACAAAAUCUGCAGGAAUUUCGAUUUGAAACAAUAGGAAAUCAACAAACUGAUGAUGAAGUAGUAAUUGCAGCUUCUCUCAAGGAGUUUGGAGAUUGUUUCUUAGCAAUUGAGGAAGUAUUUGAAAGAAUGCUAGAUAAAGCAAAAGAUAUGUUUUUGGCCCCUUUGGAAAGGUUCCGUAAAGAAAACAUUGGAAAAGCUAAAGAAGAAAAGAAACAGUUUGAAAAACAAACAUCUAAAUUUUGUGCUUCACAAGAGCGCUAUCUCAACUUGAAACCUAAAACUAACGACACUACAUUCCAAGAGGCUGAUGCAGCUCUUGUUUUGGAAGGUAAGCAUUUUUACCAAGCAUCCAUGAAAUAUGUUCUUUUAUUACAAGAAGUGCAAGAGAAAAAAAAAUUUGAUUUUGUCGAAAUUAUUCUUACAUUUAUAUCUAAUUGGUUAACUGUUUACCAUCAGGGCCAUGAAGUGGCUAGAGAAUUUAAAACUAACAUGAGUGACCUGCAGCUACGAUUGCAGAACACGCGAGAGAACUUUAAUAGUACUAGGGAUGAAGCGGAACUUUUGAUGAAUAAAAUGUUAGAGACCAGAGGUUCUCGUGGUGAGUUUACUCUGGCCCCUAAGGAUUGUAGUCGACAGGGUUAUCUCUUUCUCAUGGAGAAAAAAGCUCUCGGUACUAACUGGACGAAAUGCUACUGUCGCUAUUUCAAGGAACACAAAACUUUCUCUAUGAUUCCCUAUAAUCAAAUGGUUGGCAAACUCAGUCAACCAGAAACAGGAACUCUUAUGUCUUGUAUAAGGAGAGCAUCUGAUUCCAUUGAUAAACGAUUUUGUUUUGAUAUAACUAUUUCUGACAAGCCAACUGUAAUCUUUACAUUCCAAGCAUUGUCCGAAGAUGAUCGACACCUAUGGCUCGAUGCUAUGGAUGGAAAAGAACCUACCUAUCAAACUCCCAACAAAACGUCUGAAGAGACCUAUAUUUUGGAUAACAUUGGGUUUCAGUUUAUCAAUAAAUGUAUCGGUUCUAUAGAGAGAAAAGGCCUGACGGACCAGGGUCUCUAUAGAUUGGUUGGUGUCAACUCGAAAGUAAACCGACUUGUUAACAUGGGACUUGAUCGUCGAAAAGUUGAUAAGCUUUGCUUAGAUGACGCUGGAACCUGGGAAGUGAAAACAAUCACCAGCUCCAUUAAACAUUAUCUUAGAUCUUUACCGGAACCUUUGAUGACCUUCCGUUUGCACGAGAAUUUUAUCACUGCUGCCAAACGUGAGUCUAAACUUUUGCGAUUUCAUGAUAUACAUAGUCUUGUACAUAAGCUGCCUCAAAAGAACUUCAAAAUGUUAGAUUUGCUAUGUAGUCACCUAAAAAGAGUUUCUGAUAAGAGUGAUAUCAACCUUAUGACUGUUGCCAACCUCGGCGUGUGUUUCGGGCCAACUCUAAUGCGGCCCGAAGAAGAGACUGUGGCCGCUAUAAUGGAUAUUAAAUUUUGCAAUAUCGUCAUUGAAAUUUUAAUAGGAAACUAUGAAGAGAUUUUCAAACAGACACCUGUAGAUAUUGGACUUUUAGAUGAUCUGGAAGAUUGUAAACUGUCACCUGCUGAGAGUACAACUACCACAAAGAAAAGCUUGGAAAAUCAAGCUUUGCCUUCAGGUGCCUCUAGUCAUGGAAUACCUCCAUCUCCUGUUCCUGCGACACACUAUAGCAAUGUAUCAUCAACUGUUAAUUCAAGUCCUGGUUUGCCUAAAAGUGGACCCUUUUCUGAACAUGGCUCUCCAAAAUAUGCAGCUCCUGUUGUGAUGCGAUCGCAUAAUUUACCAAAAACUAGACAACAGGGUAUUGGACACGGUCAUCUGAGUCAAGUUGGUGCUGCUAUUGGUGGAGUUCAUAUGACGGGUCACGAUCCCAGUCGUGGUAGCAGUACCAGCGGGAGUUCAGAAUCCUUGAAUUCUUACAAAUCCCCUUCGACAAACCCUUCGCCUCAAUUGGAUUCUAAUCGCAGAGGCCCUAUUAUGCCUGCAAUGUUUACAAGUGCCCCAGCAUCUGCUUUCUCUGGAUCCAAGAUUCAAACUCUUGGCGAUAUUGGGACGUUUGGCAGUAUUAAAAGGCGUAACGCCACUGAGUCGUAUGCUGGUGGUGGAGGAGGAGGCAGCGGCGGCUUGAGUGUUGGGGGAGGUGCUUUACGUUCGUCGAUGCACAGUGGCACGACUAGCAGCAACGUUGGGCUCCUUCCAGAUUCAUCUUCUGCCAUGUCUAAGUCUAUGACUGAACAGCGUUUACGUACUGUUCGAACUCUUUACAACUGCCAGGCAGAAAAUGAUUCUGAGUUGUCUUUUCAUGCCAACCAAUUCAUCUAUCAGGUGAAACCAUCGCAGGAAGCUUGUUGGUUAGAAGGUACAUUGGAUGGUGUGACAGGGCUUAUACCUGAGAAUUAUGUAGAGUAUGUUGAUUAGUUCUGUUUGGCUUAUCGUUGACAGGCUGACUGGCAUUCUCUCUCAUUUUUUAAAAUCUUGUUCAUAUAAAAUGUUCUCAGUUUCAGAUUUUUAUGAAAGGUAGAAGGAAUGUUAACACCAUUCACUUUUUUUUUUAUCUAUUAUCGUCAGCAAUGUUUUAAAAAUAGCCUUGAAACAAAAUUCAGACAAUCUUACUGCAAAGUGAUAUUUUGCUUAGUAUGCAUGUGUUUAUAUAUAUAUAUAUAUAUAUAUAUAUAUAUAUAUAUUAUAUAAAACAUAUAUAUGUGGGUGGGUAUGCUUUUAAAUCACGAAUUGCAUUCAUAAAUUAACGGGGUGUAUUACUCUGUAAAUGGUGAUAUAGAAGAAAUAUCGAGGGAUGAAAAAAACUGAAAAGCUUUGCCGUUAUUAUAGUUAAAUUAUUUUUCUUCCUUCUACUGCCUUGUUUUCUACAAGUGGUGGAAUGUAGUUAAAAUGCCAUGUCACCCUCCCCUGUGUAGUAGCCAAGGGCAGAUAAUUUCCCGCACUUUCAAUAUAUUUCCUUACUUCCGGUUAAAAAUGUUUUUUCUUUCCCCACCCACAUUUAGCAAGAAAAGUAACUUUUUAGCAAUUUUUUAAAGUAAUUCAGUCAGUUAUGUCAACUUUUAUUGAGAAUUUUAGAUUCUUGAAAUAUUGCUUAUAGGGAACAGCAACAUAUUUCAGCAAAUAAAUUAUACUACAAAGUCUAUGAAUGCAAACCUAUUCGAAUGCAACAAAAAAAAACUUCUAUGUCCGUAUUUAAAGAUUAGCAACAAACUUUUUAUUUUUAUUUAUUACUUUCAUAUGUUCUCAAUAUUUUCUGCAUUUAUGCAUGCAUAAAUUAUGACUUAGAGGGAGGUCAUGAAAUAUAUCUCUUGUGUACGCCUGAAUAUGUCGAAGUCCAACUCAUUAUAAUUUAAUCUAUAAAUAUACCUCUCAAGUAAUUAAUAUUAAAAAUGGAGAGUUACCUGGAAUACAUUAAUUUUUUUUUUUUUUUUUGCUGUUUUCGAACAAUUAUUUUCGUUCAUUGACUCCAUAUAAUUAUAACUGCUGUUUAUGGAAAACAAAUGGCGGAGGUAAAGAAUACACACACCACUCGUUUUCGGCGGUUAGGGUUACGCCGAAAAUGGGUGGUGUGCGUAUUCUUUACCAUCACCAAACAAAUUAACAACAAUACCAAUGAAAUAAUGGUAUUCCAAUACCCACCUAUUAUAAUGAUGCAAACUCUCUAUGUUUAGUUUGCUCAUUUCCAGUGUUAUAUACCUCCUAUCUUCAUUUAUCUUUUAUUCUUACAUCUUCUAUAAAUAUAAUCGCAUUCAACAUUUAAAUCUUUCUCCAUUGGUAAACUAAAAGCUUGCUGACUUUUCCUUCUAUUUUCAAAAGAAAAAAAAAUGGAAAAGAUAAACUAAAUAGCGAUGACUUCGAGUCUAUACAUUUCACGAUAAUUUUUGUCCUUGAUUAAAUUUUGUAGGCCCAGUAAUGUUUGGGGACCGUUAGUUCUUUUGAGCCACCGACAGUGUACAAAAUUUGAAUGAACUUUUUAAAUUAAAUUAUUCGUCUUCUAAGAAUAUAUAAACCUUGAUUUAAAACUCA